ACUGCAGUUGUAUGGGACUUAAAUGUAUCUUUGUUAAAUUUAUUAGAUACAAACAAUAAAUAAUAUCGCGAAAAUACCGUUAAGCGAUAGGUGACCGUCAUAGGAGUGGCAACACUGGCUGCACUGCCUCUGCGGAGCGGAUAAAACAAAUCAAAAAUCAAUAGCCGGGGGAUCGAGUAUCCACUGCAGGAUGAGCAUCGACGACGUCAUCUAUGUGAUCUGCCUGCUGGGCUGCAUAGGAGCCGGCAGCUAUGUGAAGAAGAUCACGGACGAGGGCCAGCGCAAGCUGGUGUCCACUGCGCUGGGUGUUCUGGUGGUUGUCAUUGUCUCGGGGCUCCACAGCCUGCACUGCUUUGUUUCCCUCGCACUGGGCACGGCCGCCGUGCUCCUGGUGCACCCGAGCAAGGGUCACCUGGUCACGUUUGCGGUCAUGUUUGGUUACCUGGUGUUCUUCCGCAUUUUCGACUUCUACCUAGGCAUUCCCGGCCACACGAACAUGAUACAAAUGAUACUAACAUUGAAGGUUUCGGGCAUUGCCUUCGAGAAGACUGCCGCCUGGAAGCGGCUGCAGGCGCACGACGAGCAGAAGAAGAACGACCAGCGGGAUGUGCACCAGGAGAGUCCAAUCGAGAUCACCGACUACGAUGUGGAGCUACAGAACCUGAGUGCCGCUGAGAUCCUGCACUACAGUUUCAACUACAUUGGAGUUCUUACAGGUCCUUAUUAUCGGUAUCGCACAUACAGGGACUACUUUGAGAUGCCGUUCAAAACCCACGCUCCAACUGUUGAAGCCACCCUUGAGAAGCUGAAGUACGCCGUCUUCUACUGCGCAUUAUACCUGGCAACCAACUACAUGUGGCCACUGGAUUAUGCGUUGAGUGAUGAGUUCUUCAAUGAUCGCUCCUUUGUGUACCGCUUGCUGUACGUGUGGCCCACGUUCUUUACAUUCCGCGCUCGCAUCUACACCGGACUGACCCUUAGCGAAUGUGUCUGCACAAUGGCCGGCUUCGGAGCCUAUCCGGAUGAAUCCGAUCCCAACAAUGGCGAGGGUCCUCGGAAACGCUAUCAGCACCUAAAGCGCGACGCCGAUAAGCACACCUACAACUUCACAACGAUUGUGAACACCAGGGUUCUGGAGGUGGAAAGAUGCUGGACCUUCCGCGAGGGCAUGAAGCACUGGAAUGUGUGCGUCCAGUAUUGGUUGGCUGUCAAUGUGUACAAGCUCUUCCCCAGCAAGAAAUACAGGGUUGGCAGCUUUUGUGAUCUUCCUAGGACUGGCGCCACUUUGCUGUGCUCUGCCUACUGGCACGGAUUCCGGCCGGGACACUACUUCUGCAUCAUGGGUGCUCCCUUCUACGUUUCCCUGGAGGACAUGUGGGAUAAGCUAGUGCGCAAGAGUGCCACCGGCACCAGCCGGAGGGUAAUCGAUGUCACCUUCUGGAUCUUCAAGUGGUUCGCCUUUAGCUACUUGGGCGAGGCCUUCCUGCUCUCCUCCUUUGGCAACAUCUGGCGGUUCUAUAGCUCGGUCUAUCAUAUUGGCUACGUCAGUUGGGCGGUCAUGACUGCGUUAGGCUUUUACCUCACCAGUCAGAGGAAAGCGGCCGAACGUAGAAAGAAGCGCGCGGCAGAGAAAGCAGCUGGCGGAGAUGGAAUCGCUGCCGCAAUAGAGAAGGAGAAGGCGCAGUAGAGUGUCCAGUUUGUUGGCAGCAAUCCUAAUUGGUAGUUUCCAUUCAAACACAACUUCCUUUAAGUUUUCCAAUAGAUAUUCUAUGGGGGGAAACUAAAAAAAUUCCUUUCUUCUUCCUUUAAAUUGUAUAUUAUGAUGAUCAAACGAAUUUUCUUCUUAGAGAUGUUAUUCUCCACAGAAUAGUAUAAUAAGUCACCAUUUUAAUUAUGUACAAAGUGGUCUUGUUACGCCUUCUACCCGCUUCCAUCCGCACUUCUUCUUGGGAAGGUGAUGAUAUUGAUAUUGAUAAAAUCUAAAAUUAGAUGCUAAAAAGUUACUAAAGAGAGAUAAUUAUAGAUAUAUAUUUUAACCAAAGCCUAUGAAAAUGGAGUCAAAAGUUAUAGAAAUAUUAAAUCCCGAUAUGAUCAUUCAAUUUUAAACUAUAAUGCAUAUAAAAGGAAAUACAAUAAAGUUCCCUUUUUGUA